UCAGCCAACGGCCGCCUUUGUUAUACAUCGCCUCGGAGAUUUAAAGAUCCAUGUCACCUACAUAAGAAAUGUACUGAGGAAAAAAUUUUCGUGGGCAGGUUUUCGUUUGAGGGCAAGCCUGGCAAAGUAUUCAGAUCCAGACAAACAUGUCCCAACUGGUUAUUCAGAACGACAUGACGAACGUAUUUUCAAACAACGACAGUGCUUUAAGUGCAAUCGCUGCUUUUGCUAGCCAAUCAUCAACGUUGGACGGGCAAGAUCAUCAUGCACAGCAUACUGCGGCAGCUCAAAAUGUCUAUGUUCAUACUAGUAGCCCCAACACGGGUGACCCGGCCGUUACAACUCACAGUCCUUACACCCCAGGACCCCCAUUUGAGUAUCAAAUGCCACAAGAAAAAAUGGUACUUCCCGUGAACGAUUACCCAGGCGAUUAUGGAUUUGAAAUAUAUUUUGGAGAGAAGACACCAUCCGCUCCAAAAAAUGCACAAUAUACGCAUUCUUCAAUUCUCAAUAAACUAUUUGUAAAAAUGAACGUUACCUGCCCAAUACAUUUCAAGUGUAAUGUUCCUCCUCCUCAAGGAUGUAUUAUUAAAGCAACACCGAUAUUUAAACGAGCGCAACAUAUCAAAGACAUUGUAACGAGAUGCCCGAACCAUAAAAUCACAGAUACAGGAACUCCAAAUCAUAUUCCCGUGAACCAUUUAAUACGCGUAGAAAUGCCUACCGGUCGCCAUAAUGUGCAGUAUAACUACGGUGCAGAUGGAAGAGAGAGUGUAUCAGUAAUAUAUGAAAAUCCACAGGUUGGAACAGAAUACAGCACAGUAUUAUUCAAAUUUAUGUGUUUGUCAAGUUGUGUGGGCGGAAUAAACAGAAGACCUCUUAUGUUGGUGUUUACGUUUGAGAAUAUGGAAGGUCAAGUUUUAGGCAGGAGGGCUGUGGAAAUGCGUGUUUGUUCAUGUCCCGGAAGAGAUCGUGCCCAAGAAGAAAAGCGUGUCAUGAGGAGAGACACUCUCACUCAUGGACAAUGCAAAAGAGAGGAACAGAAUUGUGAUAUUCCAGAAAUUCGCGAACGAAAUACAGAAACAGUUGUUUCACCAGUUUCAAGCUUACUCGGAAAACGAAGAAGACAAAAUGGAGAUCCGGAAUCGGAAGAAUAUUUUUUAAAGAUUCGUGGGAGAGAAAAGUACGACAUCUUGAAGCGAGUUAAAGAAGCUCUUGAUUUAAUGGAAUACGUAGCUCCCCGACAACAAGAAUUAUAUAGAAUUCACGAACGAGAAGAAGGCAACAGACUCGUGAGACAAAUAGCAACGAGAUUUUUGAAGCGAGAACAUGAUCAACAUUUAAAUAAAGGGACAAUACUGCAAUCCAAACUAAUCAAUAAUAAUAGCAGUGGCGGGGGUCACUCAUCGAAUUUCAAAUUUUGAAUCGUAUUCCAAGAACACAUUGUAAUCAUCCUGUUUUGAAAAAAAAUAUAAUUAAAAUUAAUAUUUUUCACCGCUCCGAUAUGUAUAUAUAUAUCGCUUUUGUACGUUGUCUAUUUCUUAGUUUUUGUUAAUAUAUAUUUUUUUGAAAUAUCAGAUAUUUUUAAAUAAAAAAUGGCAAUCAGUACUAUACAUCUGUGACAAUUUUGAGAUAUAUUAUUUUUACAGUAUUUUUGUUGAAAAAGGUAUAUUUUCUGAAAUAUUUGAAUACAUUAUAUGUGUGAUUUAUGAAUUUUAAUUUGUUUAUUGCUUUUACAAAACUUAAAUGUUUGAUGGGUCGUUUAUAUCAGAAAGUAAAUGAUAAUGUUAUAGACGUGUUUGGGCAAUAUGUUAUUAUAUUAAUGAAUGAUUUUUGCUGCAUAUUACAUAUUAGGAUUAAUGCAAAUAAAUAAUAUAUCAUAUAUAUAGUAGCGUUCCGCAGUUUUGAUUUCACUGGCGAUUAAAAGUCUCUGUCAGAAUUUAUGCAAUUCAAUCGAUGUUUCCACGAUAGUUUACCAUGGUAAAAUUUCUCAUAUUUUUUACCUGUGCACCUUACCUUGAGUUCUAGUGAGUCUAGUAAAGUUACUAUUUCAAGUUAAUUAUCUUACUUCGAGUUCUAGUCGGUCUAGGUCCUAGUAACUAUUUCAAGUUCACCACCUUACCUCGAGUUUUAGUCAGUCUAGUAUC